AGUAUCAUGGCUCAAGCAGCACGAGCCAAGCACCAAAUCCAUGUGAAGGAGAUCGCUGACGCCGGCCAAGCCCACGCGCUGAUCGGCCGAUGCCGCGGCACGCACCCCAGCCGCGCACUCCAACGCCGACACCGACCGCAGAGAUCGCACAGCCCCCGGGCUCACUGCCGCCGCUGAUCACGGACAGUCCGCUAGGAACCCCUCGCUCCUCGAGGCCCCUGGAUGCGACCAGUUCUGCAGCUCGGGGCGGGCGCUGCGUGAGCCCUCGGCUUUGCCGCGGGGCACGUCCGAACAGCACCUCGAACGGCGGCGCAGGCUUCCGCGACAAACUCGAGGCGCUCUCUGCCACGCACGACUCGGAGGUUGCGGGCUUGAGAGAGAAGGUGCUGGGCCUCGAGGACCUGGUCGUGCGGUACCAGUCGCUCCUCGACGAGGCCCAGGGCGGCCACAAGAAGGCCCUGCGAGAGCUCCUCUGCAGCCCGAGCGGCGGACUCGUUGCGCUUGCCCCGGUGCAGAAGGCAGCGAGCGAGGUAUGCAGUGGAUAUGUGUUGAACGAUUCGUCUGGCAGCAAGCCGAGGACGUCCUUCGACCCUGCACAAAAUCAUGCUACCGCGCCAAAGCCGGCGCCCAGUGGCGUCGACCCGCCGACGCAGGACCCCUCUGAGUUGCCAGGCCAGAUUUCGUCUCAGGCCGCGGCGAUGUCGCCCGCAGCUCGGAGAACUGUCGUGGACAGUCUCAAAAGACGCAGGAAGAAAACCCGUAUCAAAAAUUCCUCACAGACAGAUAACAACCUUACUUGCCUUCAGCGAGUCGUUGACCACAUGCUAUUCGACAUGCUCUGCGCCUUCAUGAUCAUUAAUAACUCGAUCAUCAUUGGUUUCGAGGUUCAGUGGCUCACCACCAGCGAUACGGAACCAGAGUGGACGAAAAUCGUUGGGUUGCUAUGUUUUUGUUUCUUCUUCGUCGAAUUGGUGAUUCGCGUUCUGGCCGAUGGUGUUGGGUGCUUUUUCGUGUUCUCCGAAAACAGGAAUUGGAAUUGGUUUGAUUUUUUCCUCGUGACGAUGUCGUUCGUUGACUUCAUGGCGUUGUCGGGCGGCGACGGGCUGGCCUCCGUCAUAGGCAAGGGCUUCAAGACGAUCAAGAUGUUGAGGAUCAUCCGCGUUGUGCGGGUGUUCCGCUUUUUCAACAAACUCAGCCAGUUAGCCUUCAUGAUCGUAGAUUCUGUCAAGUCGUUGGUGUGGGCCCUCAUCAUGUUGGCAAUCGUCAUCUACGUUUUCGCAAUUUUCUUCACGCACUACACCUCCGAUCACGUGAGGCUCAAUGAGAUGAGCGACACGUCCGUUCUGAUCCGUGAACAUUUCGCCAAUUUGGGUAUGACGGUAUUCACCUUAUUCCAUUGCAUGCUCAACGGUGUCAGCUGGUACAGGAUACCGUCCGCGCUGUACACCAUUCCUGGCUGGACAGGGCCUUUGUUGGCGCUCGGGUUCGUAGGCUACCUGUCCUUCACGAUGCUUGCUGUGAUGAAUAUCAUCACCGGCGUGUUCGUGGACAACGCCGUGGAGACGGCGAGGACACAGAGGGAGUUCUUGGUCCAGAAGGAGAUGGAGGUCAAGGAGCAGUGGCUGAAGGAGAUGAGGAAGAUCUUCCUGGAGAUGGACGCUGACAGCUCUGGGACCGUGAGCAAGGACGAGGUCAACGAGUUCUGCAACGACGACCGCGUGCAGUAUUAUCUCACGGCGCUUGGGCUGGACGUGCAGGACACAGAGAAGUUGUUUGAUCUCCUCGAUGAGGAUAAUGAUGGGGAGCUCGAGCUGGACGAGUUCUUGGGCGGGUGCUUACGCCUUAAGGGAAUGGCCCGCAGCAUCGACGUCUACAGCCUCUACAAGCUGACAGCCUCCACAUCGUCGACGUCCCACGGCAUCGCCAAGCGCCUCGAGGACAUCGAGAGGGUCUUGCGCGAGAACUUGCCGUCGCUGCCGGCGACGAGGGGCCACAGGGCCUUGCUCACGAAGGCCUCCUUGCAGGAGCCGCAGCCCAGAGACUCCAGCUCCGUUGAUGCCCGCUCCGUUCUGGGGCUGCAGGCCUGGGACCGGCCCGAUAUGCCGUGCGUGCCAGGUAGCGACGCAGAGGGACGGCAGGCUUGGAGCGCUGAUGUGCCAUCGGUUUCGGUGGCCUCGGGCGCGUUGCGUGCAGGGUCGGUUUACUCGCAGCCGCACUGAGGUGCGCGCGCCGCGGCUUCACAUCCUCUUCCCCCUGCUCUCCCUGCUCCUGCUCCCCAUCCUCCUCCCGCUCAUCCCACUGUUCCUGCUCAUGUCCCCCCUCAUCCGCAUGCUGGUCUGAUCAUUAUUUUCGC